AUGUUUGCUACAGACAUACUACCAAAUACGAAUACGAAUGAUCGCGAACUCGUUAAGAAUGAUCAUAAACGUGGAGGAUGUUCUUCACUAAGCAAACUUAUUAAUUUCAUUAGCCAACUUCUUCUUCCUCUCUUAUUAGCUAUUUUUACUGUCGUCAUCACAUUUGACCAGCGUAAUCAAAAUCGCCUUCAAAUAGCUGAAGACAGGCGCUUAGCUGAACAACAACGUCAACAAGAUCUAAAUAUUUCUCAACAGCAACGUCUUGAAGAUCGUGAAUUGGCUAGAGAACAACGUGAACAAGACUUGAAUAUUUCUCGUGAACAACGUGAAACUGAUAAAUUGAUAGCCGAACAACAACGCGCACAUGACAAACAAAUUGCUGCCGAAAAACGUGAUGCCGAUGAUCUCAAUGCAGCUAUUCAACGAAAUAUGACGCGAGAUCAACGCAUACACGAAAUCAAUAUCGAACAAGAACGAUUUAAGAAAGACCAUGAAAAGUAUCUCGAUGGUCUAUUACUGUCGUAUUAUAGUGAAAUGGGAGAACUCAUACAAAAAACAAACGAGAAGCCAUUAUCAUCCAAUGCAAUUAUUUCAUCAUUAGCACGUGCCAAAACAUUAAAUAUCAUUGAACAGGUUGGACCAAGACGAGCAGCUCAUCUUCUCAUGUUUUUAUAUGGGUCUGGUCAAUUAUCACUUGGCGAAAAAUCUCUUGAUCUCACUGAAGCUUAUCUGAACGAUCUUGAUUUACGAACUCAGAGAAAUCUAGUUAAUUUAUUUUUAAGUGGCGCUUAUCUCAAUAAUGCUUCUUUUGCUGGUCGAAAUCUUUCCAAUGGAAAUUUUCGAAAUGCAAAUUUGAAUGGUGCUAAUUUUAGUGGAUCGACUUGCAUUAAUACUGUAUUUGAUGGAGCAUCUUUAGUUGCGGCUGAUUUCUCACAUAGCAACAUACGAAAUGCAUCGUUCAUUGGAGUUGAUCUGAGACAAGCAACAUUUCAGAAAGCAUUUGGCACUAGUCCUCGUUUUGAAUAUGCUCGAAUGCAACAAACAAAUUUUUCUAAUACGAAUUUCGACUCUUAUAGAACACAACAACGAGAAGAAUUUAUUAAUUCGAAUUUAGCUGCCAGUGAUUUUCGUUAUGCUCAUUUACAAAAAAUUACAUUCUUUUUCUGUAAUAUGACACAAAUGGAUUUUACUGGUACAGAUUUACGUCUAGCAGAUCUAACUGGAAGUUUACUAUCUCAUAGUUUAUUUCAUCAUGCCGAUCUCGGACACACAUCCUUAUUGGCUACAAAUUUAUCCUAUGCCAAUGUGUCGACUAUUAAAUGUUCGGGUACAAUUAAAAAUAUUUCAGGAUGUAAAUUAAAACAAGCUUUGACGCUUGAGAAUGCCAUUUUACCAAAUGGAUCGAUUGGGUUGCCACUUAUACCUUUUCUCAAUAAUGAAAAUCGACCACAUUGUCCAUUAUUGUCCUUAGGGUAA